AUUUUACCGUUGCUUCUUUGUUCGCUAGAAGAAAAAUUAUUUUCAAGCAUUUAUUUCUGCUAUUGGUGAAAAUCAGUGGGAAAAUGACUACCUGGAUCCAUUGCAAUUCCUGCUACCGAAACUACAGCAGGGAUCAUCAAUUUUACAUGCUGAAUUGCUCCCAUAUCCUGUGCCAUGGAUGUCUCCAGAGUCAGGUAAUCGCAAAGAGGAAUGAAUGUAAAUGGUGCAAGAGGCCGGUACGCUACCGGAAGAUUUGCAAGGAGCUGGAUCCUAAGAUUCUCCAGCAUUUUGAUCCAGAUCAGCAUAAGCACCUUCAGACGGUUGAAUCGAGCCUGAAAAUGACUCAGAUACAGUACAAACAUCUCACAAAUCCCACUGUUCUGGAGAAUAUUCAGCGCAAGACGAGGCAAAUGAAGAAUUUGGAAGUGAAGUUCGCGACCAAGGUGGCUCAUAUGAAGAGACUUCUGGAGAAUCUGAAGAAGACACCAAGUCAAGGUUCUAGGGGAAGACCCGUUGCACCCAGCAGUGUGAUGAGUAGCAUUUCCAGGAGUUCUGGAAGCGGAGUUGGGUACUUUGCUCCUGGGCAACCUCUGCGCAAAGAGCCUCUACUUCUUCUCCCAUCCGGAAGUUCUGGAAGCUCAAUUGGUCACUCUGAGAGGUCUGCCUUUAUGCCAGCUUCAAACGUGAAUCAGCCCAAUGGAGGGACGUUGCUGAAGAAGCAUCCGCAGAUCACCAGAAUCUCAAAGCUCUCUGCUCAGGUAGGAAAGCUCUACCGCUGAAGAAUAAUGGAAGAAAUUGUCCAGAAAAUUCUUCUCUUUGAUUUUUCUUUCUUUUAAUUUUAAUAUUGACAAGCCUCAUAAUUUAUAUGAAGAGAAUUAUUGACAUUUUUAUAUAAAAAAAGAGAAUUUGAGGCUGUUUUUGUUGAUUAUUUGAAUUUUUUUCAACUUUGAAUUUUUGUGUUAAAGAAUUCCCGAAAAAAAUGAUGAAUUGUAUUAAAAUAAAUUUUUAUUGAAUUAUUUCUUGAAGGAAUAAAAUUUAUAUUUUUCAUUUACGCCCAAAAAAA